CCAAAUGAUAAAGAUUUAAGGCUUACGAACUUAAGCAAGCAUACGACAAAGUCGGUCGUGUAUUGACUUCUGCUGGAUAAUCCCAAUUUAUAAUCCUCCCACCUCCCAUUUUUCCUUCAUUUUCUCUCUAUUUUCUAGGAAAGCACACACAGAAAGAACUUCACUCUUUGAGUCUUCUUCUGUUCUCUAUAUCCUUAUGUAAACAUUUUUCCAUCUUGGUCCGUUUGGAGAAGUAGAAUAUUAAUUUAUACAGCAAAAAAAAAAAAAAAACACUAUGGAAGGAGUGGUACAUACAGGCACUGAUGCCUCAGCUUUCAAGGAAUGUUUCUCUCUGACAUGGAAAAAUCCUUAUGUUCUUCGCCUUGCUUUCUCUGCUGGGAUUGGUGGACUUCUUUUCGGCUAUGACACUGGCGUGAUAUCAGGUGCUUUGCUUUACAUCAGAGAUGAUUUCAAGUCUGUGGAUCGACAAACUGUUUUACAGGAAAGUAUAGUGAGUAUGGCAGUUGCCGGAGCCAUAAUAGGAGCUGCGAUCGGAGGGUGGAUGAAUGAUCGGUUCGGAAGGAGAACUGCAAUCCUUAUUGCUGAUUUCCUGUUUUUUAUUGGAGCUGUGGUAAUGGCUUCUGCCCCUAACCCUUCUCUGCUUAUCGUAGGCCGAGUUUUUGUGGGACUUGGCGUUGGAAUGGCAUCAAUGACAUCUCCUCUUUAUAUUUCCGAAGCAUCCCCUGCGAAAAUCCGUGGUGCCCUUGUUAGUACCAAUGGAUUUCUUAUCACCGGUGGCCAGUUCCUCUCUUACCUCAUCAACUUGGCUUUUACUAAUGCACCAGGGACGUGGAGGUGGAUGCUCGGGGUUGCAGGUCUUCCAGCACUUUUGCAGUUCAUUCUCAUGUUGCUUCUUCCAGAGUCACCCCGUUGGCUAUUCCGCAAGGGAAGAGAAGAAGAAGCCAAAGUGAUAUUGAGGAAAAUUUACUCAGCUGAUGAUGUUGAAAAAGAAAUUCAAGAUUUGAAAGAAUCGGUUGAGGCUGAAAUCAGGGAAGAAGGGUCUGCAAAAAUAAACAUGAUGAAACUGUUGAAAACCAAAACAGUGAGGAGAGGGCUCAUAGCUGGUGUUGGUCUCCAAGUUUUCCAACAAUUUGUUGGCAUAAACACAGUCAUGUAUUACAGUCCCACCAUUGUUCAAUUAGCUGGUUUUGCCUCUAACAAAACAGCACUUCUCCUUUCCCUAGUCACCGCCGGCCUCAACGCCUUAGGCUCCAUUGUAAGUAUAUACUUCAUUGACAGGACUGGGAGGAAGAAGCUGCUACUGAUCAGUUUGUUUGGAGUAGCAAUUUCACUUGGUCUUCUAGCAGGAGUUUUCCAUGAGACCACAUCCCACUCUCCAAUGGUUAGCCGGAUUCAAACAUCUCACUUUUCAAAUUAUACAUGUCCUGAUUACAGUUCAGCUACAAACCCUGGUGCUUGGGAUUGCAUGAAGUGUUUGAAGGCUUCAUCUCCAGAUUGUGGAUUCUGUGCUUCACCAACAGACAAGCUACUGCCAGGAGCAUGUCUGCUCUCAAAUGACACAGUUAAGGAUCUCUGUCAUGAUGAAAGUAGGCUAUGGUACACAAGGGGAUGUCCGAGCAAAUAUGGAUGGCUUGCACUGGUCGGUCUAGCUCUCUACAUCAUAUUCUUCUCCCCAGGAAUGGGGACUGCACCAUGGAUUGUCAACUCAGAGAUUUAUCCCCUCAGGUUCAGAGGUGUAUGUGGUGGGAUUGCUGCAACUGCUAACUGGAUCUCGAAUCUCAUCGUGGCUCAGUCAUUUUUAUCGCUUACGGAAGCAAUAGGGACUUCUUGGACAUUCCUAAUAUUUGGAGUCAUCUCUGUGGUAGGCUUACUCUUUGUAAUUGUCUAUGUGCCAGAAACAAAGGGGCUGCCUAUUGAGGAGAUUGAGAAGAUGUUGGAAACUAGAAGUUUGCACUUCAGGUUCUGGGAGAAAAGUCAGAAACCACUACAUUCAGCAAUAGUGGAAUUAAUUUGAUAAUGAAAUCUGCUUUUGCUUUCUCUACAAUCUCCAUUCUCUAUGGAAAACAAAGAUGAAAAAAAAAAAAAUCCUAAUUUCAGUGUUGUGCAGUCUCCAUGCAUGAUCAUGAAUACAUCUGAAUGCUUGGACAAUGAAGGAUUCAUGCCUCAGGCAAUGUGUUCUGCCAAAGUUAAGAUCUUGACAUGCUUUUUCUGCCUCAGCUCAUGAGGAACUGGCCCAAAUACUCUGGUCCCUAUUGGCUGUCCUUGCUUGUCAACAAGAACAACUGCAUUAUCAUCAAACUUGACCUCACUCCCAUCGCAACGACCUCUCUGCAUGGCGGCACGUACAACCACACCGUAUACCACCUUCCCUUUCUUCACCUUUCCAUUAGGCAUGGCUUCUUUUACAGAUGCAAUUAUGGUGUCUCCCAAUCUUGCCCCUUUCUUCCCCUUUAAAGCUUGUAUGCACAUCACCUUCUUCGCCCCGGAGUUGUCCACUACUUUAAGAACAGUUCUCAUCUGAAUAAAAGUCCUUUGUUGCUGCAGGGUAUAAAGAAAAUACAGAGAUUACCUAUAGAAUAUGAUAUAUCACAAAGGCAAACAUCAUAAAGCCAUGCCAGGAUUGUUGAACAUACACCACGUACUGUAUAAAAUCCAACAAAAUACAGGGAAAGUUCAUUGCAGACUUGAUGUCGUUUUAAUUGUCAA